AUCACUGUAAAUGUACAUUUAGUAAACACUGUCACUGACAAGAAAUUGGUGAUUGAAACAUUGACAAAAACAAAACAAUUAAUGUCAUUUCAUUCUGUCAAGCGACUGUGAGUGAGUUCACCUGCUGUUUACAGACCAUGACAGAAUCUAGUCCUGCAGCACAAAUAGCAACAAAGCAUGUGGCCGUUGGCUGCAUUUAGACCAUGAACACAUACGAAUACACAGAGGAAUGUUGCUGGAACUUUCUGACAGGGUGUGAGCGCGUAUAUAAAAAGCAGCUCCAGCCUCCGAAGCCUCAUCAGGAUGUUGUGCCCCAGCGUCUUCCAGUCCUCCCCAGUCACCAUGACGCCUUUCCUUCACUGGCCCGUCCGCAGCCUGUGGCCCGAGACUCGGCCGCUGUUCUACCACAUGGAGCAGGAGAUGAUCCGCCACAUGCAGGAGAUGAGGCAGAGCAUGGACUACAUGGAGAGGCUGCAUCAGAAGAUCUUUGAGGAGAUCGACCACACCUCCUCCUCCACAGGCGCCUUCAAGCCCAUCACCUUCCAGGAGUUGGGCAGGGACAGCAGCACCUUUGCCCUCAGCCUGGACACCAAGGAGUUCUCCCCCGAGGAGCUGUCAGUGAAACAGGUGGGCAGGAAGCUGAGGGUGAGCGGCAGGUCUGAGCAGAAGCUGGACGACGGGAAGGGAUCCUACUCCUACAGGUGCCAGGAGUUCCGGCAGGAGUUUGAGCUGCCCGAUGGAGUCGACCCGGAAGCCGUCACCUGCUCGCUGCAGGGAGGUCAGCUGCAGAUCCAGGCGCCGCGGGACAAAGCGGUUCCGGAUGGAAAGGAGAGGCGGGUCCCCAUCAGCCUGACAUCGGACCCGGCCGUCACGUGCCCUGCGUGCAGCCCCAGCAGGGGGCCGGAGGGCAGCAGCAGCCCUCCGCCAGAGAGCAGCUAAAGGGACCACAGCUGCGGACGAGUCGGAGGUGGACGGAAACAAGCAGCUGCUCGUCUUUACUUGCACUUUUAACACGUAACUGUUUGCAGUCAUGCAUGGUUAUGAGUUUGAUUAUGGUGAACCAGCAGCUCUGUGACGCUUUGUAUUAGUGAAAUGUGGUUUUAGGUUGGGACCCAAGGAACUGGUCAAUAUGUGAACAUGUGACAUUAUUUGAACAUUCAUUUUGCUUCUCAGCACAUAUAGUUUAUAGUUAAACGCUUGUUCUUCAAAUUGGUUGUUCUAACGAUGUGGCACAUUGCUGACGUUUUGACUAGCAUUGAGAUUUUCUCCGUCAGCUCUUUUCUUUCAGUGUUUUUCAUGAAUAUAGCUAUUCGUUCCUCCAAUAUUGCAAACUUUGUCUCAAAACUCAAUCUACUGGAUUUCACAACUUCUAAAUCAUCCUGAGCUUUUUGAAAAAUGCUUAAAACAAUAUUAUGAAAUACUGACAAAUAUUUACUCUUUAUUAAGUUGUGACCUUCCUCUAUUUACUUUGUAUAUUCUUUUUUCUAGUAAACUAUGACUCAUUUUUAACUUUCCAUAAGUUUAUUCCUUCUCCAAAAACUGGCGCUUAGACUAGUGUCUAAUAAAAUACAAUGACAGUAAUAUUGUCUAUCAAGGUUUUCCUACUGACAAAUUUUAUACCUUUAAAUUAGAACUUUAUUGUGGCCCCUUAGGUUUUCCAAAAUACUUGGCUCUGCUUCUUAUUAAAUAAAAAAAUCUUUACUCACUGAGUUGAACUCUUCAAUAACUAACCACAUAUUUUCAGAAUUUUUCUCCUGUUAUUUCUUGAUUUGACAUGUUUGACAGAGAUGUGGUAACAAUAAACACAUGACACGUUU